AUGGCCAAAGACAUUGAAAUUUCAGUUUCACAAGGACGGUUUCUUAUCGAGACUUUGAAGCAGAAAGUUAGACUAGAUGGUCGUCGAUUUGAUCAAAUGCGAGAUGUCGACAUCGAACUUGGCAAGGAUCGCGGUGAUGUCAUGGUAACGAUGGGCAAGACACGUGUACAUUGCCGCAUUAGUUGUGAGAUCGCACAGCCGUACGAAGACCGGCCGUUCGAGGGACUUUUUGUCAUUUCGACGGAAACUUCGCCGAUGGCUGGACCACAGUUUGAGAAUGGGAACAAUACUGGCGAGGAUGAGGUUCUUUGCUCUAGAAUAAUUGAGAAGGCUGUCAGAAGAUCCGGUGCUUUGGAUGUAGAGGGACUCUGUAUAGUCGCCGGUAGCAAAUGUUGGGCCGUGAGAGCAGACGUGCAUUUCUUGAAUUGUGAUGGAGGAUUCAUCGACGCAAGCUGUAUAGCCGUGAUGACGGGUUUACUGCAUUUCAAAAAACCCGAUGUCACGGUAUCUGGAGAACGUGUAACGGUACAUCCACCAGAAGAAAGAGAACCGGUCCCUCUGGGUGUGCUUCAUACACCGAUCUGUGUUACCUUUUCGUUCUUCAAUCCAGAAGAUACUGAGGAAAACAUCAAGGGCGAAUCCAACAAUGAGAUCUCACUUAUAGACGCGACGCUCAGUGAAGAACUUUUGAGAGAUGGGACUUUAACCAUUACGCUAAAUAAGAAUAGGGAAGUGGUUCAAGUGUCAAAAGCUGGUGGUUUACCGAUGGACGCUUUGACUUUGAUGGAUUGUUGUCACAAGGCUUACAAUAUAGUCGAGAGAUUGACCGAUCAAGUCCAACGAGUAAUAAAAGAAGACGAACAAACCAGAAACCAAUACGCAGCAAUUUUAAGUUCUGAGAAUGCGCGCGAGUCUUAG